CUGCUCCAGCGCGUGGCCGUGUGGACCAAUAGCAUCACGGUUGAGAGGUCGCUGCGGAGCGGAAGUUGUUGGCCGUUUCUGCCACUGCAGCAAGUGCAGGCAGCUUUUAGCAGGCUAACACGCUUCUCGUCGCUCUUCGGCUGCGUGUCAUUGUGAAGAGAAAAUAUGAAAACGUUGGAAAUGUGCGAAAGAUGAAGCCGACACGUCCAGGGAAAUGAUUUUCUCCGGAAUCGCCUCUAGAGAAGAGGAUAAGCUAACGUAAAGAAACCGGAAGUGUUGUUUAAGCCCCCAGCAGCCACAGACACAAUGAGUGCCAAAUAUGGCCUGGUGGGCUACAACAGUUCACGGAAGCACAUUUCAAUCUCCAUCCCGUCGUCCACGGAGGUGAUGUCUCCCCACAUAAAGUCUGUGGAGGAGCUGAGGGUCCUGGGAAUCAACCUGAGCAGCUUCGGUGCCCCCACGCAGUUCUUCAUCUGUGUGGCUGGAGUCUUUAUCUUUUACCUCGUCUACGGAUACCUGCAGGAGUUGAUUUUUUCCGUCGAUGGAUUCAAGCCCUUUGGUUGGUACCUCACUCUGGUUCAGUUUGGCUUCUACUCCAUGUUUGGACUCGUGGAACUUCAGCUCACACAGGACAAACGCAGGAGGAUCCCAGGGAAGACGUACAUGAUCAUAGCUUUUCUAACAGUGGGCACUAUGGGCCUGUCCAAUACCUCUCUGGGCUACUUGAACUACCCCACGCAGGUCAUCUUCAAGUGCUGUAAACUCAUCCCAGUCAUGAUUGGAGGAGUGUUUAUACAAGGUAAACGCUAUAAUGUGGCUGAUGUGUCUGCUGCUCUCUGCAUGAGUCUGGGACUCAUCUGGUUCACGCUAGCUGACAGCAAAGUGGCCCCCAACUUCAAUGUGACAGGUGUGCUGCUCAUCUCCCUGGCUCUGUGUGCAGACGCCGCCAUUGGAAACGUGCAGGAGAAAGCCAUGAAACUCCACAACGGCUCCAACUCUGAAAUGGUUCUGUACUCGUACUCCAUCGGCUUCGUCUACAUACUGACGGGCCUGCUCUGUGUGGGCGGGCUGGGGCCAGCAGUGGCUUUCUGCUCAGAGCAUCCUGUGAAGACAUACGGAUACGCAUUCUUCUUCUCUCUCACGGGUUAUUUUGGCAUUUCCUUCGUGCUGGCCUUGAUCAAGCUCUUUGGCGCCCUGGUUGCAGUGACAGUGACCACCGGGAGAAAGGCCAUGACGAUCGUACUUUCCUUCAUGUUCUUCGCUAAACCGUUCACUUUUCAGUACAUCUGGGGCGGCCUUCUGGUGCUUUUCGGCAUCUUCCUGAAUGUUUACAGUAAAAACAGGGAGAAAAUGAAACUUCCCUCCAUCAAGGACCUGAGAUGCUGGCUGCUGACAGGAAGGAAAGUGCGAUUCCUUUCUCAGAACGUGUAGAAGGCACCCACAGGCGUAGUGAACGUCCUGUGCUGGCAGACCGUACGCCUGUUCACGUGUAGAGUUGGCCCACCUGUCUUUGGGAAUAUGCUGACACACCUGCCCUGAGCUACAAGCCUCAUCACCGACCACAUGGAGCCAAGGACACGUCUACAGAGUGCGACCACCGGUCAGCCUCCAACACAGCCGACACACCAUUAAACUAUGUUGGGCGACUGAGUCUUUAUCUGCCAGUACAGCAGUGGUGCAGAACUGACUCAAGUUCACUCUCUGCAGCAAACUGAAGGAAAUGUAAUUAUUUUUUUUACAAGGGGAUCAAUGCUGAUGGGCUCUUGGAAAGCCACGCUUCAGAGCCCCCCACACACAGUCCCGACACGGAGGACCACGCAGAGGACUUUCCAGACUCCUUUAAAGGGAAGCCGGCGCCUUAGCUAACCAAACCGCACAGUUUUGCACUGGAAACGACUUGUACAUUCAAACCCAUCAGUGGGUGGGAAAAGCUGAAAUGUUGGAAGACAAGAGCACAGAGCGACAGGUUGAACUGUCAUGUCUGAAAAUGAAUGUUCAUUCUCAUCUCCUCCCGAAAGAAACAUCUUGAUUUAAAAGGCAGAUUUGCCCCCCGCAUGUGCCAGGAAGACACAACAGAACUUGGUUUUACUUAAUCAUCGUCUUGAUGAAAGUGGCUUUUUUUCAUAGUUUAUUGGUAAUUUAUAUCUGAUUGUGCCCCGAAAUACGUGUGUGUGUGAGUGUGUGUGUGUGUGUGUGCGCAGACGUUUGUGGGGAAUAUGGAGACACUUGCUCUUGUAUACAUCAACACAUCAAAAAUGUCAGCUGCCAUAAUUUGCUAACCAUGUGUUUGGGUGAAAGGGUCCCACUGUUUUUACAUUAAAACAAACUGAGACGUUUCUCUUCAA